AAUUAUCCAAGCAGUCAAACAUCUCCAAACCACACGCAUAGACCAUUACCCUCAGCACGCGCAAACAAAACAAACACUCUUGUUAGGCGUUCUUUCUUUCCCCGUUGCCUUUGAUCACACACGCCUGCAUUGGGUGAUUUAUCACGUGAUUUCUACCUCUCACCCCCGGUUGCUAUGAGCUCCCACCUGCUCUUUCGUCAACAUUUCUCCUAAUAAGGCUUGGAAACCGGUUCAGGAGUGAUCGAACCAAACAUAACUCGCAUGUAUCUCUUCUCCCAAAUUUCAUCGAGAAUUACUUGAGCCUUGGAAUUCCAUCGAUUACCGGGCUGUAGUUUCCUUUUCUUCCCUUUUUGCCUUUAUUCCGUCGUUUGCCGACCGACGACUGGCACUAACAACAACAUCGCUGUCAUCAAAACAACAAAAACCGGAAUCACCAUCAAUCACCAUAUACGAUGGCCGAUCCCUGGGCAGAUGACGACGACGAAGAAUUGAAACUUGCGAUUGCGUUAUCACUCGGAUAUGAUCCGGAGGAACAGAAAAAGCGCCGGGAAAAGGGCGAACUGAUUGACCUUACGCAGGACGAUGGUAAUUCCGGGCAGGGCAAUAAUGGCGGAGACGCCGAGCAAGAAGAUGAUGAUGAUCUCGUCAUAGUCGACCGCAGCAACGCUGUCCGGCCCAAACCCGUACCCAAACAGGACGCAGCAGCAGAGCAACCGGUUGUCCCCUCGGCAACAGUCUUUUCCGCUUUGGGGCUAGACAGGAAGCAGAUGGAAGAGGAACGGCUUUCACGGGCGUACAAGCGCAAGGUGUCUCAGGUUGAUGGAGGCGACCGUGAUGAUGGUAGACCGACCCGACGGUCGAGGUUAGACGAGGAGCCCCCAUUAUCGUUUGUGCGUCGUGAGAAGGGGAAGUCUACAAUACCCAAGGGCCCUGCCUCGAGCUCGGCACCAUUGGCGAUCUCGGAAGAUACCAAACCAGCGGCACCCAAAGCUGCGGCCUCGGCCUCUUCACGCCCACCCGUGGUCCUCCCCUUCCCUCGCGGGGUCAUCAAAAAGACAUGGGCAUAUCAGCAGCCCCGGAAAGGCGACGACAUCAAGAUCGAAGAAGUUCUCCAGAAGCAGCACCUACAGCUCGCCGUAGUGAGCUCGUACCAGUGGGACGAACACUGGAUGCUAUCCAAGAUUGAUAUCGCGCGGACCAAGCUCAUCUUGGUCGCGUUUGCCGCCAAUGAGGCGCAGAAAGAAGAGAUGCGCUCCAACGUGCCGCGCGACAGGAUCCGGUUUUGCUUUCCGCCCAUGCACGGUAUCGGGGCGAUGCACUCCAAGCUGAUGCUGCUCAAGUAUGAAGGAUACAUGCGGAUUGUGGUGCCGACGGGAAACUUUAUGUCGUAUGACUGGGGAGAGACCGGGACCAUGGAGAAUAUGGUGUUCAUCAUCGACCUUCCCAAGUUCGAGUAUGCGGAACAGAGGGAAGCCCAGGAACCCAACGCGUUUUCUGAGGAUCUGUUUUAUUUCCUCCGAGCCCAGGGGCUAGACGAGAAGCUCGUUUCUAGCUUACGGAACUAUGACUUCACCGAAGCCGAUCGGUAUGCGUUCGUGCAUACAAUUCCAGGUUCUCAUACAGAGGAGGAUGUGUGGAGCCGAACAGGAUACUACGGUUUUGGUGAAAAGGUCCGCGGUCUAGUCCGCUGUACUGCGGAACCCCUUGAUGUUGACUUUGUGUGCGCGUCCCUCGGAGCAAUCAACUACGGGCUACUUUCGGCGAUGUACUACGCGUGCCUCGGCGAUCCACUAUUGGAGUACGAAGCACGUAUGGGGAGCAAAAGCAAGCGUGAACCGUUUACCGCUCGGGUGAACUUCCUCGUCAGAGAACAUAUGCGCAUCUUCUUCCCCUCGCGGGAGACCGUCCUCCAGAGCAAGGGAGGAAAAGACGGUGCCGGAACCAUCUGCUUCCAGUCUAAGUGGUGGCAGGCCCCGACCUUCCCGCGGGAACUCCUCCGAGACUGCAAGUCGGUCAGACCAGGCGUGCUCAUGCACAGCAAGAUCAUAUACAUCCGCCCCAACGAUCCCGACCUCAGGUCGGGCCGUUGCCUGGCCUACGUCGGCAGCGCCAACCUCUCCGAGAGCGCCUGGGGAAAACUUGUCCGCGACCGCACCACCGAUAAGCCUAAGCUCACUUGUCGCAACUGGGAGUGCGGCGUGCUCCUCGCCAUCGAGGAAGCGAACGAGGGUCCCAACACACCGGUGAUUGCGGAGGGGGGUGCUCAGAGUCGGGGCGCCAAUGCGGGUGAGGACCGGCGCGGUGAUGAUUUGAGUGACUUUGAGGGCCGUGUGCCUGUGCCGAUGGAGUGGCCUGGGAGGGUGAUUUGUGAGGGGGCGACGGCGGAUGCGCGGCGGCCGUGGAUGUUUGGGGAGGGGUGAUGUGUGAUGCAUUCAUUACUGGGGGGGGGUGGUGUUGGGUUAUUAAGACCGGCCUGGAUUAUAGAUAUUCUGGUUUUGUCGGCAUUGUCGUUAUCCUUCGAUGGUUAGGCACUCGCUGCAGUGUGAUUGAUAGAGACUGGAGAGGGUGUGUUUGUUUGAGUUAGAGAUUGUAUUAUUAUGAUGGGCUUACUGUGCCCGUCCUCGUCGAAGAAACUGAAGUGGUUUUCACCUUGA